AUGCACCGUUUCCUGUACUUCAGCCCGUCGCCCUCACCCUUAUCCGACCUAAAGACAGGCGUGUUGCAGCCAAAUCUUCGACGGCGGAUGGUGGACUUAUUCGAAUAUCACUUCUGCCGCUGGCCCCUGGACGCCUCCUUCCGGAGCCUCCUCGAAACUUGGCUUGCGUAUAUUCAGCCAUGGAGAGCUGGGAACAUCGGCCCCCGCCCGCUGCCGAAUCCGACGACGACGACGACGCGUAUCCACGUAAAAUGGACCACAUUCAUGAGGGAAAACAAGCACGUAUAUGAAACGUUCUUUCGCCUUACAUUAUUGCGCUUCGCUCGCAUGGAUUUUGGCAGGAACGUGAAAAACGUUUAUUUGAUCCAUCGCCUGUGUGAGGUAUUCAAUCAAGACGGUUUCUUUGAUCUUUUGAAGAAGACUUCCGCGGAUACGGUAGCCAACAUUGACGUAAAUAAUGUUGGCUCUUAUUUGGAAGGACGCGAUCCGUUGGUCAAGCCGCAGUCGUUUUGGACGUGUCAGGAUACGGGUUCAUUGGUGAGCAACGUUGUGGCUUUGAUCGAAACCGAACUAAGCAUGGCUCGCAGCUACCUGGAAGAUUUGAGAGCUUCCGAACGCUCUUUGGAUUGGCCUCAGUUCCUGUACUCGUAUUUUUUUCAGCCGUCCACGGAGCUAAAGGCCGAGACACUGCAGCAAGUGCUGUACAAACUAGCCAGAGUGGACAGCGAGCAUCUGGUCAUGUCUUCCCCCGAUGCACCCGUCGUCGACUGCGACGAGUUUCCAUUGGUUGGCGACGUUUUGGACAUGAUGUCCCGGUUGAUCAACUUCCGGUGUACUUCGUUCUUUGAGCAACUGUACGCGAAACGCGGCUGGGUCGGUAAAUUGGCUCACCACUUCCUGGAGGCACCCACAGUAAAGCAGGUCCGGGUCGAAGAAGAACAGAAAGAUUCCGCUUCACAACGAGAGGCUUUUCCUCGUACCUCGCCGCCGCGCAUCUCUUUACGAAGAUUUUCUUCCGUACGAUUUCUCUUUCAUUUGUCGGUAUUUGUACUAGCUGUUUUUCUGUUGUUUCGUUGGAACCCGCUAUACAUAUUUUUUAUGUAUGUCGCAGUUAGAAUUUUAUUAUCUUGUGUUCUUUGUCUCCUAAUGGAAUAAAC